CCAGGGCUGGACAGCAUGGACACCAAGCCUGCGGGCCCAGAGGUGGCGCAGAGACCCCGAGGGCCCCCCUCGUGGCCCUGCUACACAUCCCUCCACAGCCCACAUGGCAUCCAGACCAGCAAGGUCCUCGGGGCCCUGGCUCUGCUGGGCCUGGGGGCCCUGACUUUUGCCUUGCUCCUGUGGCAAGCACUCCCUCCUCCCACCUGGGGGGUCCAGGGACACCCUGAGGAGGAGUCCUCUGGAUCCUGGGGCAGCCACUCCCGCCUGGCCUGGGGGCAUCAGGGAGAAGAAGUGGGGUCCAUGGAAUCAAAGGACCAGUGCCAGCUUGCUCUCGUGGAGAGCCUGCCCCAGGGCGUGAACAUGUCCGGCCCAGUGGCCCAGCCCCUGGCUGAGGCCUGGCUGAGGCUCCUUGACGCUGCCCAGAAAAGCGUCCACGUGGCCUCCUACUACUGGUCCCUCACCGGCACUGACAUUGGGGUCAACGACUCGUCCUCCCAGCUGGGGGAGGCCCUGCUGCAGCGGCUGAAGCAGCUCCUGGACAAGAACGUCUCCCUGGCCGUGGCCACCAGCAACCCGACACUGGCCAUCAAGUCCACCGACCUGCAGCUGCUGGCGGCCCAUGGUGCUCAGGUGCGGCGGGUGCCCAUGGGGAAGCUCACCAGGGGCGUUUUGCACUCCAAGUUCUGGGUCGUGGAUGGGCAGCACGUCUACCUGGGCAGCGCCAACAUGGACUGGCGGUCGCUGACCCAGGUAAAGGAACUGGGGAUCAUUAUAUACAACUGCAGCCGCUUGGCCCAGGACUUGGACAAGACCUUCCAGACCUACUGGGCGCUGGGUGCUCCGGGGGCCACUCUUCCCCUGGUCUGGCCUCAGAACUUCUCGUCCCACAUAAACCGCAUCCAGCCCUUCCGUGCCCACUUCGAAGGAAUGCCCACCACCGCCUACUUCUCGGCUUCGCCACCCGCGCUCUGUCCCCACGGCCGCACGCGAGACCUGGACGCACUGCUGGCUGUGAUGGGAGCGGCCCGGGACUUCCUCUACGUCUCAGUCAUGGACUAUUUCCCCACCACCCGCUUCAGCCACCCAGCCAGGUACUGGCCAGUGCUGGACAAUGCACUGCGGGCUGCCGCCUUCAGCAGGAGGGUCCACGUGAGGCUGCUGGUCAGCUGCUGGCUCCACACGGACCCCUCCAUGUUCCCCUACUUGCGGUCGCUGCAGGCUCUCCAUAACCCAGCAGCUGGUGUGGUUCUGAAUGUGCGAGUGUUCAUCGUGCCAGUUGGGAACCACUCGGGCAUCCCGUUCAGCAGAAUGGACCACAGCAAGUUCAUGGUCACGGAGAAGGCGGCCUACAUUGGCACCUCCAACUGGUCGGAAGACUACUUCAGCAGCACCUCAGGCGUGGGCCUGGUGGCCAGUCAGAGGGGUCCGCAUGCCCCGCCAGGGUCCCUCACCGUUCAGGAGCAGCUGCGACAGCUCUUUGAGAGGGACUGGGACUCCCCCUACGCCGUGGGCCUGGAUGGACAGGCGCCGGGCCAGGAUUGCGUGUGGCAGGCCUGAGACCAGCCUUGAGGCUCCAGGAUACUGUUCCCACCCCCACUACCCCUCCUGCCCAAGUCUUGGGCCAGGGCCAGGACUGCUUACUGACGCUGGACCACUCUGGGGUCCUUUCUGCCCUCCAGCCCCACCCCUGCUAAACCUCACCUCCUCCAGGGAGGACUCAGACCCACUGCCUUCCAGUUGGU